AUGGCUGCCUCGGUUAUGUACAGAGUUCUGCCGGUAGCUCGAGCUGCCGCGCGAGCGAGCGUUGCACCGGCCUUCAGAUCGCAAGUGCAGGCCUCGUGGAGGGCUGGUGCUAGGAGGGGGUUUGGCAGCAGUUCGUCUCUGCUCGUCAAGAAGUACACCGAAGAUCACGAGUGGAUCGAGCUGGACGAUGGUGGCAAGAUUGGCACGAUCGGAAUCACCACAUACGCUGCGCAGCAACUCGGCGACGUUGUGUUCGUAGAGCUACCGGAGGUUGGCACAGAGCUGAAGAAGGGUGACUCCAUGGGCGCGGUAGAGUCUGUCAAGAGCGCCAGCGACAUCAACGUACCGGUGGGCGGAACGAUCACGGAGGCGAAUAAUGCGCUGGAAGAGAAGCCGGGCAACAUCAACAAGAGCCCCGAGGACAGCGCUUGGAUGGCCAAGAUCGAGGUAGCGGACGCCAGCGAGCUCGAGAAUCUGAUGGACGCCGAAGCAUACAAGGCUUUCACUGACGAGGGCGAAUGA